CAAUCAGCUAGCGUACUUUGGCUGACAUUUACUGUGUUGGGGCAUCUACACACUGCACUGUUUGGUUGAACUAGUCUAUUUAUAGUACAGGUCACAUUUCUAUUUGUUUUCAAAAUGGAUCCUUCACAAAAUUCGUUGAAAGCGUCUUUAAAGUCUCUACUAACUGAACUAGAAAGCAUUAAGAAUAAGCCAACGAACAAGCAAGUAUAUAUUCAACGAAUCAGUGACGUGGAAGGGAAAUUUCACAGAUUUCACGAGGAAGUGACACCCAAACCUGUCUUAAGUGAACUGUACACUUGUGUUGGGAGAAUGAGAUUUUAUGAUGAAAUGUUAGCUAUUUACUUUGAAAUUUUAGACAAUGACAAAGUGCAGCGUUUAUGGCCUGCUAAAGCGACAUGGAAAGUGGAACUGGUUGAUGAUGAUGAUAACAGCGUUGACCCAUUUCCUUUAGGUGAAGCCAGUUGUCUAUUUAACAAACCAAGACAAGGAUUCACUUCACACCCCACUGACUGGAUUUCCAUUAGGUACAACGACAUCCGACAAUCAAGACUCAUUGGUGCAGAUAAUUCAAUAACAAUUAAAUGGACAGUGCUAGUUGAACCAGUGCUGCAAAAUAUUUAUUUGGAAGAAUUUGAACAGCUUUUAAUCAACGCUGAACGAUAUUUUGACUUUUUUAAUGGCGGAGAAAUUAGUCAAAUCAAGGAAAGUUUGGCUGAGAUAAAAAAUAAAAGUGAAGAACAUGAGCGAAAAAUUUCCGAUUUGCAAAAUCUCUUACCGGAAAUUCAAGAAAAACUGAACGUCAUAGAAAAUAAACAGGACUCCAUAGAUGGUCAAUUUAAAACUAUUAUUUGUAAGCUGAAACAAAACUAAUAAAAAAGAGGAGUAGCAAUUUAUGUUAACUUUGCGACAAUUCAUGGAUAUGUUUUGAACUCUGUAAUAUAAACUAAAUUAGACUAAUAUUUAGAAUGGUAUUUGGUUUAUUUGUCAAAUGACUUGGACACUUUACUCUGCCUUAGUGGAUCUUAGAAUUUUAACAAGCUUAUUCUCAAUGGUUUAUAGAGGACUUUCUCCUAGCCUGGAUACAUUCCAAGGCUUCAGCCACUUACAAGCAGCUUCACGAGGGACAAAAAGGGCAAAUCAGACUCAAUGCUGGCCCAUCUCCUCACUUGUCACUAGAGAAUAGGUUUCUGUCGCUUCUUUUGGUUAAUAAAUAAACCUCGAAAAAAACAAGAAGUUAUGAUUCAGAUUUCUCCUAAUAGGUUUACUUAGUCCGACAGAUCUAGGUCACCCCUCAACAUGGUAGACCACUUUACAUUUCUAUCAAUAAUACUAUAUAGUGACGCAUCAAGACAAGCUGAUUACUGUCUUGCCAAAGCAAGUAGCGCUUUUGACGUCUCCUGACGAGAGUAUGGUGGAAUAGAUCUCUCCGCCUGCUUUUAAAAGAUCAGUGACUAUCAAGCAGUGAUUCUCUCAUCGCCUUUACGGAAGACAGCUUAAGCUUUUAUAACGCUUCCCAAAGGUGUCUGUGCUCAAGGCAUAUGAUGUGAAGACCACACUACAAAUAUCGAUGCUAGAAUAAGCAGUGCUGACUGCUUAUUGUUCAACAGCUACGCUUGGAACAGCACCCCCUCCCCUCAAAAAAAAUUUCUAGCUUAGGCGCCAUCUUGCUUUGACUUGACAUAGAAGGGAGCAGCAGGCGGCUUCUAAACGAGACAGCUUGGGAUUUCUUACAAAUGCUGCGGGAUAUGCAUGGGGCCAAAAGGAAAUGUAGGCCUACUGCCGAGGAGAAACGUAGACGGCGAAGAGAGAAGCUGAACUGGCAAACAAUAACUACGUCUGCACUGCAUGUGGCAAAACAUGCACUCCGCUAAAACUGGACUCCUUAAUAUUGGGACUCGAAGGAAAGCCUGAAAAAAAAUUAUUAUAAUUGUUACUAUUAUUAUUUAUCUUUUUUAGUCAAUUUCUAAUGUUUAAUACUUAAAAACAUUGUUACUUUCUUUUGUAGAAGAGGACAUAUUUUUUUUAUUUAUUUAUAAUGUAAAAAUGUAAAUGAUCUUAAAAUAUGAGAGAGUAUGAAUGAUACCAGGAGCGGACAGGUUAUAUAGGCAUUCGGGCAAAUGACCGAUGGGCUGGUACCCUAAUGGACCAGUAAGACCACAGUAAUUAUCUUCUUUUUUAAGUCACGUCUGUAUGAAAUAAGAUAAUCGAUGCCACUAUGCCACAUAUUAUAUUGGUAAAGGUUUUAUAGUAUUUUCUUAUAAAUGUAGCCCUCGGAGCGAUUUUUUUUUAUCUUUUACAGACUACAUUGUAAUAGGGCCUACAAAUAUCUAACACAUUUUCCAAUGUAAUGUAAUAACCUACAUUGACCUACAUCCAUAGACAUUUCUACCAUGACCUACACACUUAGCGAUUAAAAAAGCAGUAUAAGGCCUAUAUUUCUUAUAAGGAUAUAAUGUUUACAGUAUGCAUGUGUACAGUUAUCGAUACAUUAUCAAACUUAACACAAUGACUUUGAUAUAGAAAUGCCAAGACAGAUUUUAACACCCAGUUCGCCCCUGAAUGGUACUUCUACCAGGUAUUACUGUUAUUGAACUGUAUUGACAUUAGACUGAGUUGUUGACAGGUUAUUACUGUGUUUCUGUGAUAAAUGAAAGCUGUAUUGAAAAAUGUAAAAGUAACCCCAAGUAAAUAUUAUAUGCUUUCUACCUUCUAAUUGGUAUGGCUUUGACUCAAAGCUGCCAUAUGGAAGAAUCUAUAAUUUUAAAAUGAACGCUAAUUAUUUAAAAUUUGAGAAGAUUUAGAAAAUCUGUUUGGAGCAUCAUCCAGAAUUUUCCUCUCAUCUUUUCUCUGUGAUGUGCUCCGUUUUUGGGCAUAGACACGAACUUUUUUUAGAGGACAGUUAGUGUAAGAGAGCCAACAAAGUGUAUGUCUUUGGAUAUAGUUUCAAUUAUCCAUCUUAUACUCUCUCGAACUCUUUCCAGAUUACCAGUGGCGUCUCACAGGGAAAGGGCUGAGUGCAGGGGUGCGCACUAGCUGACACCUGCCUGGAGAAUGACAUAAAAUAGAUAAAUUGAAGAAACACUCUACGUAUGUUUUAAUCAAUGAAUGCAGAUAGAUAGUUGUUGUUGUUUUGUUAAUAAAAGAAUUCUUUAAGGAAAUAUUUUCUUGAGAUUUUUUUUGAGGGGAAAGGCAUUUAUAGUAUAGCGAAAUAACAUAGAAGCUAAUUACACCUGUUGAAAACAACCCUAGUGACGCCUCUGGUGUAGUUUUUAAUGUAAUUAAAAACUAGCCUUAAAUAAUAAUUCGUUGGUAGUUGCCUCAUUGUUUUUUUUUAAACCAUUAUUUUAUGUUCUGGUGUCAAACGGUAAUGGUUUGUGUUCCUUCAUUAUAAGCGUCAUCAUCGUUGUAUUAUUCAUCGACACAUGAUCAAGCUACUUCAAUUGAAAAUAUUUCAUUAUUGUUGAUUAUGUAUAUUAAGCUCUUUUCACUGUCAAUUUAAAAAUAUUUUUGAUCUGCCUGCACUAAAGUUAGAUCAAUUCUAUAAUUACAUUCAUUACUUCUGGAUUCUUAAACCUUAAUAAAGCUUCAUAUAAUUGAGUGAUUUUGAA